AUGAUCUUCUUGUUGACUUUAUUGGUACACCCAGUUCUGAGUGGUAAUGCUAGUCUUGUCGACGUCAUCAAAGAACAGAAUCAGGAAAAUCCCGAUCUUCAAAUGAUAGUUGAUAUCAAAAAUAUUACGACAUUCCCAACUUCAUUGGCAAAUCUUUCUGUCUUCGACAUAAUACUAAACUAUCCUUCCCUAAAGAAAGCUUUAAUAAUAAUCAUCGCUGAAGGUUUCGACUAUACCAAAAACGAUACUAGAAGGCUAAAAGUCGACCAUUCAGUAGUGCAUUUUGGGUUAAGGUCAUUAUUAGCAGCUCCAUUUGCUAUCGGCUCCUUGUCCACUUCGCUAAAUAGUACAUCAAAUGUCCUUAUUAUGAAUAUUACGGUUGUUGAACUUGAAAAAACAAUGGUAGAGGUAGCUCACAAGUAUUUCGGUUUGGUAGAUGAUGACCACCAAAAAACGAUAGUUAUGGAUGGUGUCAAAUACAUUGAAAAUGCUUCGAAGAACGGAGAAAAGUACGACGUGGUGAUCAUCGACGCUUGUCCAACUAUAUAUCCGAUGGAAAAAGUUAUCCUUUGCCCAAGCACCACUUUCAUCACCAAUGACACAAUCAGGAAUAUCAGGGAAGUGUUAAGCAAAAACGGAGUUGUUAUCUUCAAAAUGUUAAUGGUAACAGACGAUGUUGAAACAAAAGCUCAUAAGAUCGCACGACGAUUUAUAAACUACAAAUUAAACUGCGCAGUUAUAAAAAUGAUGCAUGAAUUUAAUAGGGUGCUUGUCUGCGCAAAUGCUGGAAUCCCAAAAUCUCAUAUGGAACCAUCGUAUAUAGCGAACAAGUCCUUGGUAGUUUAUAGAGAAGUUGGAUUUUAA